CAGAAAACCUCUCCACCGCGCAAGUAGAUGAUGACGUCACCGAAAAUAUCGAGAGCAGGGUUCUGCGGGUCGAGAACUGUCAGUCACUCAAACACCAGUGUGUAGAGCGAAGCUCCGUUUUCUGAUUAAAGGGGUAGCUAAGGCAGACAAAUAACAUAAAGAUGCCAACAGUUUGUAUAGUGCAGAAGUGCAAUGCCGCAAGACUGAAAGGUGAUAAAAAUAUUCAUUUCUUUUCACUACCCAAAGAAAAAGAUCUUAGAAAGAAAUGGAUUGAAUUAUGUGGCACACACAAUAAUCGGUCAUCUGGAUACGUAUGCAGCCGUCAUUUUGAAAGUAAUGCAUUUGAAAGAAACUUGAAAUAUGAGUUGUUUUGUUUGCCAGUGCCCCCAAGUCAAAUUAAGUUCAAGAAAGGAGCAGUGCCUACACUUGGACUACCCACAUUAACAACUUGUGAGCCACACCCUCCACAGGAAGAACCAGAGCAUCACAUCCAAGAUGCUUUGACUGCACACACUGCUGGAGCUUCAAGUCAACUUAUGACAUGUGAGACAGUCAUUGAGGUUCACCCUCAGCCACACCCUCCACAGGAAGAACUCCUACUAGAGCAUCACAUCCAAGAUGCUUUGACUGCACACACCGCUGGACCUUCAAGUCAACCUAAGACUCCACCUGAAGAAGUUGGUGAAGUGUAUCCAAGGCCACUCCUCCCACAGGAAGAACACCACUAUCAAGAAACAUGUACAUCACCUGAACCCAAAAAUAAGAAGAUGCUGCAGUUCAUUAAACGCAUGUCAUUCUACAACAAAGAUCUUCACAAAAGACUGACAAAAGUUACCAAAGAGAGAAAUUAUUAUCGUGAAGAAAUCAAGAAGUAUCAGGAAAUUAUUAAUAAAUUACGGAAUGAAUUGGAUAAUGUCAGAGUUGAAUGCCAGGAAAAUGUUUCAAAAGCAUUAUCUAAAACAUUUACAAAAAAUCAAACAAAGUAUUUUGUAUCAAAUAAGCACAUACUCAAGUGGGAGGAGGAAGACAUUAGCAAAGCACUUACUUUACGAUCCUUAAGCCCUAAGGCAUACCGUUUCCUUAGGAAACACUGGAACUUUCCACUGCCAUCUCCUGCCACUAUCAGUAAAUGGGUAUCAUAAGUUGUUGUGGAACCCGGAAUUUUGUGUAAUGUCAUCCAACUUUUAGCUCACUAUGCUCCAACAAUGUGUGAAUAUGAGCGAAUAUGUGUUUUAUCUUUUGAUGAGUCUGCAGUUGCUCAAGCUUGGUCAUAUGACUCUAAAAAUGACAAUAUAUAUGAACCAAAACGGAGUGUGCAGUGUGCAAUGCUUAGAGGGUUAUUGAAGCCUUGGAAACAGCUGGUGUUUUACGAUUUUGAUUGUGAUAUGACAAAGAACAUUUUAGAUAACAUUAUUCAUGAAGUUGAAACUGCAGGAUUCAUCGUUGCAGCAAUUGUCAGUGACCUGGGGCCAAAGAAUUUAGCUUUGUGGAAGCAGUUGAACAUUAAUGUAAAUAACAGUUCUUUCCCAAACCCAUUUGAAUGUAAACGCCCAGUGUUCGUAUUUGCUGACGUUCCCCACCUUAUCAAACUUAUCAGAAAUAAUCUAUUAGACCAUGGAUUCACUCUGGAUGGACAGUUAGAGCCAACGGUGACAAAUAGCAGUAUUAGAGAGUUAAUAAUAAGAAGUACACAUGACCUAAAAACAAUUCAUCGUUUGUCAUACAAACAUAUUGAUGUACAGGGACCUAAAAGAAUGAACGUUCGUUUAGCUGCCCAAUUACUAUCACAAAGUACAGCAAAAUCUAUUGAGUACUUUGGAAGGAAAGGUCUUCUAAAGAGCAAGGACUGGGAGGAUACAAGUAAUUUCAUAAGUUUAGUUGAUGCAUGGUUUGAUGUGUUUAAUGCCAA